AUGUUGAAAAUAAAAAUAUCUAGUUACUUCAUAUUCCGUCAAAUCAUUAAAGGACUAACGAUGGCUUCCGGUUUUUGGCCCAGUGAGAAUCUCUCGUUACCUUAUCGCCUAUUAUCUUACAUGCAGUUAUCGCUAAACUUCGGAAUGUUUCUCGCGAUAUUCAAUUUCGUCCGGUUAUACGCUCAUAGGCUGGCACUUCUAAUAAAAAGCUUCGGUGUUAUGACCACUUAUCUGUCAUCGACUCUCAAGAUAACAUGCUUUUUAAUAAAUCGUAAAGAAGCGUUAGAACUUCAUCGUAUUUUAGACCCAUAUUUUACAAAAUUAGCCCAAGACCGUCAGAUGAAAAAAAUUAUUUUCAAAAAAUUCACGUUGUUGAAACUAAUAACCUGGUUGUUUUUCUUCUGCGUCUUUAUUACCUUGUCGGCAAUGAUUAUCACGCCACUAAUAGAUAUUGCAAUGCAGCAUCACAAACCUGGAAAAAGCAUUAAAUAUCCGUUGAUAUACCCGAGCAAAUAUCCAUGGCAAACAUCCUCAAAUGGAUGGGCAUACAAACUGACCUUUCUUUUUGAAACGCUGGCGACAGCAUCUCUCUUUUGUAUAUCAUUGAGCGUUGAUUCGUUGUUUUUGUUUUAUAUUUUCCAAAUAAUUGGACAAUUGAGAGAAAUGGGUUACUGUAUAACCCAUACAGAUGGGUACAAUGAAAAAGGUAAAGAUUUUGUUAUACGCAAAGCAGUGUAUCAAUAUCAAAGGUUGAUCAGAGCAAAAGAAAUAAUUGAGAAGAUUUAUGGUCCGAUUGUUUUAUGGAUAAUGUGCACGAAUGCAGUAAUAAUGUGCGUCUUCAUUUUUCAAUCUAUGCAAGUACUACGUUUAUUUGCAGAUGAAAAAUUUACCGGUUGUGAGAUUGAUGAUGAUUUUCACGUACGUUCUGUCAAAAGUAUUACAAACGUUUAUAUACGCUUGGAGUGGCACCUGUUUGACGGCGGAGAUUACAGAGAAGCUUUGUACAAUAUUGAUUGGUAUGGAAGUAAAAAGAUUAUGACCUCAAUUAUAAUAAUGAUGGCACAAAAACCGAUGAUUGUUACUGCUCUUAAUUUUUCCACUGUUACUGUUGAUAUUUUCACCAUGGUUAUGAAAACAACUAUUUCGUAUUUUUUCCUUCUUCAAACCCUCGAAGAACAA